UCCCGCCGCUCACAUGUUCUCCGGCAUUCCUUGUGAGGCUGACUGUGAGCCCCGUGCUGAAGCCACAAGGAAAAACCUCAAAAUUCUCUCCAAUGAAAUCGGAAAUGACAGACGACCUGGACGUGGAUGCGAUGUUGGAAGCUCCUUUUAAAAAGGAGGACGGAGGCAGUUCGUCGGCGGACUCCAAACCCAAGGAAAAUGGUCACACAUCCUCAAAAGACAAAAAGGAGAGAGAGAAGGACAGAGAGAAAGAUAAAGAUAAGGAAAAGGAUAGAAGAGACCGAGACAAGGACAAAGGCAAAGACAGGGACAGAGACCGUGACAGGGACAGAGACAGAGACAGGGACAGAGACAAGGAGAGGGACAAAGACAAAGACAAGGAUAAGGACAAGGAUAAGGAUAAAGAUAAAGAUAAAGAAAAAGAGAAAGACAAGGAUAAAGAUAGAGACAGAAAAAGACGCUCCAGGAGCAAGUCCCGCGACAGGAGGAAGAAAACGCGUAGCAAAUCCAGAGACAGAGAUAGAAAGAAGUCUCGGUCCCGGUCUCGGGACAAGGACCGGAGGAAAAGGUCUCGAUCAAGAUCAAAAGAUCGGAAACGAAGAUCACGCUCUCGCCGCCGUAGCAAAAGUCGCAGCAGGGAUAGGCGCCGUAGUAGGAGUCGUAGCAGGGACAGGCGCCGCAGUAAAAGUCGUAGUCGAGAACGCCGGAGGAGAAGCCGCAGUAGAGACAGGAGGAGGAGCCGCAGUAGAGAGCGUAGACGUUCACGCUCUAGGAGUAAAACACCAAAACUGGAGCUUUCUGUCGAGGAGAGAGAUGCACGUACUGUGUUCUGCAUGCAGCUUUCCUCGAGGAUCCGGUCGCGGGACUUAGAGGACUUCUUCUCCGUUGUGGGCAAAGUGAAUGAUGUUCGCAUCAUAACAGAUGCAAAAACCCGUAGAUCAAAGGGUAUUGCUUAUGUUGAGUUUGUGGAUGUAGAAUCGGUCCCUCUGGCUCUUGGUUUGUCAGGUCAGAAGAUCCUAGGCGUUCCAAUAGUAUGUCAACCAACGCAGGCAGAGAAGAACCGUGCUGCCAACACAGCGGCAGUGCAAGACCAGAAGGCGGCAACAGGUCCCAUGAGACUUUAUGUUGGCUCGCUGCACUUCAACAUCACAGAGGACAUGCUUAGGGGUAUUUUUGAGCCUUUUGGGAAGAUUGAUCACAUCCAGUUGAUAAUGGAUUCCGAGACUGGAAGAUCAAAAGGCUAUGGGUUUAUCACAUUCCACAAUUCUGAUGAUGCCAAGAAAGCCUUAGAGCAACUGAAUGGAUUUGAACUAGCAGGCCGACCCAUGAAAGUCAAUCAUGUGACAGAAAGGUCUGAGACACAGCAAGGAACUUCACUCCUAGAUUCGGACGAGAUGGAGAGGGCUGGUAUUGAUCUAGGUGCAACAGGCCGCUUGCAGCUAAUGGCAAAGUUGGCUGAAGGUACAGGCCUGCAACUGCCUGCUGCUGCUGCUAAUGCCUUACACAUGCCAGCACAACCACAGCAGCAGCCAGCACCACCUAUUGCAACACAGUGCUUCCUUCUGUCAAAUAUGUUUGAUCCAUCCACAGAAACAAACCCCAACUGGGCAGAUGAAAUAAGAGAUGAUGUUUUAGAAGAGUGCAAUAAGCAUGGAGGUGUCUUACACGUGUUCGUGGACAGACAAUCAGCACAGGGGAAUGUCUAUGUCAAAUGCCCCACAAUUGCAACUGCUGCAGCAUCUGUUAAUGCGCUCCAUGGAAGAUGGUUUGCAGGCAAGAUGAUCACAGCAGCCUAUGUACCUGUUAUGAGCUAUCACUCCCUCUUCCCUGAGGCAAUGAAUGCCACACAGCUUAUAUAUCCUCGAUGAGGUACCUGAUCAUUAAAUGAAGACAUUUUUUUUUUUUUUUUUUUUUUUUUUUUUUUUUUUUCCCCCCCUCCCCAAUUACAUUUUAUUAUUGUUUGUAACUGCUGAUGACGCAAGUGACAGAAGGAAACAUCUGUACGUAAAGUUUUCAGCUGGACAAGAAAUAUGUACUUGUUUGCAAUGCAAAUUAUGAUACGUUGAGUUUCACCUUCACUUUUUUUUAUUUAGAAUUUUUUUUUUUUUUUUUUUUAGCACCCCUCUUCCUUUUUUUAAGUGUUUAUUUCCUAAGAUUUUAGACUUCUUGAUAUCCAAAUCCUUUUUUGUUGACAGAUCUGGAUAUAAGAAGUUUACUGAUACAGUCACACGUGUAUAUAAGAUACCGAUGAUGUGUUGAUGGCAAGUUUCAGAAGUGUGCAUCAAUGGUUGUCCAGCAAGGUAACCAUUUCUCACCUUUUGGGUCUGACAGAAUAGGUAAUAAAAGUGUUAAGCGUGACCUUCAUGUAAGGCGUUUGUGAUAGUGGACUUACAGAAUAGGUGAUUGUUUUUUUCUCUUUUUUUUUCUGAAAUAUGUUGGAUGAGGUUUUUUUCUUCCUUGCAGCCAGUAUUUUGUUUUAAGACUUUAGGUAUCCUAUAUAGAUAUAUCAAUUUGUAAAAUUGAUUAGGCUUUUCAGGUUCAUUGUGAUUUCUUUGAUUUUGUAAAGAUAUUUGACUCCUGAAAACUGAAAUGGUGACCCAUUCCCCUUUUACUCUAGAAGAUCCUGGGACUCCUCUGCGAACCUUGCGACCGCAGGGCAAGCAGGGAAAAUCUUUGUAGAAAAUACCUUGAGGUGGUUAUUAAGAUUGUGAGACCUGUCAUUAACUGUGCUAUAAAUAUUACAGAUCAUUAGUCAGAAUGUUGAAGGAUUGAUUGUAAAAUAUUUUUUCAAGCAAAAUAUAUCCUGUGGAUUGAUGGGAGAUUUGAUUGUGAUUGGGCUUAAUACACAUUUGGUGUGAAUGACGUGACCUUGUGAGGAGUGUAAAUAUAUGUAUAAAUGGGUACAUGUGGAUCCCUGCACUCCAUUCAUUUUGUGCUUGUAUAAAUAAACAUUCAUAACCAGAC